GCCGCCCGCCGGGUUCCCGCGGCCGAGAGCGGGAGAAAGUCCUGCUGCCGGGCGCCCGCGGGGCUGCGCGCGUCCGGCAUCCCGGGGCCGCUCCGGCCCGGGCGGCGAGGGGGCCCGGCGGUCCAUGCAUCCGCCGCCGCCCGCCGCCGCCGCUGCGAUGGAUUUCAGUCAGAACAGCCUGUUCGGCUACAUGGAGGACCUGCAGGAGCUCACCAUCAUCGAGAGGCCGGUCCGCCGGAGCCUCAAGACACCAGAAGAAAUAGAAAGACUGACAGUUGAUGAAGACCUCAGUGAUAUUGAAAGGGCUGUUUAUCUGCUCAGUGCUGGUCAAGAUAUCCAGGGAACAAGUGUGAUUGCAAAUCUUCCAUUUUUGAUGCGACAGAAUCCUGCUGAAACACUUCGGAGAGUCUUGCCAAAAGUUAGAGACGCCCUGCACGUCGCAGGCGUGGACAUGCAGCUGACGGCUGCAGGGUCGUUUCUGACCAUCCUCCAGGAAGAGUCGGUGUCAGUUCACACCUACGCCCACUCCUUCCUCCAAGUCAUCCUUCUGCACCUGGAGCACAGGGAUGCAGGUGUCAGCAACGCAUGGCUGGAGACGCUUCUGUCUGUGAUUGAAGUCUUGCCCAAAGAGACCCUAAGGCAUGAGAUUUUGAAUCCACUUGUUUCCAAGGCACAACUUUCCCAGACAGUCCAGUCUCGCUUAGUUAGUUGUAAAAUUUUAGGAAAAUUGACCAACAAAUUUGAUGCCCAUACCAUUAAAAGAGAAAUACUUCCCUUGGUAAAAUCACUCUGUCAAGAUGUAGAAUAUGAAGUUCGAUCUUGUAUGUGUCGGCAAUUAGAAAAUAUAGCUCAGGGCAUUGGGACAGACCUGACAAGAAGCGUGGUGCUCCCCGAACUGAUAGAACUCUCUAGGGACGAAGGCUGCAGUGUGCGUCUGGCGGCGUUUGAGACGUUGGUUAAUCUGCUUGACGUGUUCGAUACAGAUGACAGAAGUCAAACUAUACUUCCCUUAGUGAAAUCAUUUUGUGAAAAAUCUUUCAAAGCUGAUGAAUCCAUUCUUAUUUCCUUAUCUUUCCACUUAGGAAAGCUAUGCCAUGGACUAUACGGGAUUUUUACUCCAGAUCAACACUUGAGAUUUUUGGAGUUUUAUAAGAAACUUUGUACAUUAGGUUUGCAACAAGAAAAUGGACACAAUGAAAACCAGAUUCCACCCCAGAUCCUAGAGCAGGAGAAGAAAUAUAUUUCAGUACGGAAGAACUGUGCUUACAACUUUCCGGCCAUGAUUGUUUUUGUCGAUCCUAAAAACUUCCACAUGGAACUCUAUUCCACGUUCUUCUGCCUUUGUCACGACCCCGAAGUACCCGUCAGAUACACGAUCGCCAUUUGCUUUUAUGAGGUGUCUAAACUUCUGAAUUCUGGCGUAUAUUUAAUUCAUAAAGAAUUAAUAACAUUAUUACAAGAUGAAUCACUGGAGGUACUAGAUGCUCUUAUAGACCAUCUUCCAGAAAUCUUGGAACUUAUGUCUGCCGGUGGAGAAAGCAAUAUUCAAGAAAAUAAGUUGUCCUCUCUGCCCGACUUGAUUCCAGCCCUCACGGCUGCUGAGCAGCGAGCUGCGGCCUCUUUAAAAUGGAGAACGCACGAGAAGCUGCUCCAGAAAUACGCCUGUCUGCCGCACGUCAUGUCAAGUGAUCAGAUUUAUUACCGGUUCCUACAAAGAAUGUUCACAAUCAUGAUGACAAACAAUGUCUUACCUGUCCAAAAGGCAGCUUCACGAACUCUGUGCAUUUUUCUGCGCUAUAACCGUAAACAAGAACAGAGACAUGAGGUCAUUCAGAAAUUGAUCGAACAACUGGGCCAAGGAAAAAGCUACUGGAAUAGACUUCGAUUUUUGGAUACCUGUGAAUUUAUUAUAGAGAUCUUUUCCAAAUCAUUUUUCUGUAAAUAUUUCUUUCUACCUGCUAUUGAACUGAUACAUGAUCCAGUAGCAAAUGUGAGAAUGAAACUUUGCCACUUGUUACCCAAAGUGAAGUCCACUCUGAAGAUGCCGGCAGAUAAGCAUCUCCUUCAGCAGUUAGAGAUGUGUGUGAGGAAACUUCUGUGUCAAGAGAAAGAUAAAGAUGUCCUGGCUAUUGUGAAAAGAACGGUGCUGGAGCUGGACCGGAUGGAGAUGUCCAUGGACGCUUUUCAGAAAAAGUUUUAUGAAAAAGAUUUGUUGGAUCAAGAGAAAGAGAGAGAAGAACUACUUCUUUUGGAAAUGGAACAACUAGAGAAGGAGAAGCAGCAAAGUGAGGGAAGGCCCAUGAGUGAGAAAACCUACGAAAAGAAACGUAGAGACGCCAAGACACCAACAACGCUGCCCAAGAGCACCCCCACUUCUGCUCCCGGGCCCUCUUCCAGCGCCCCAUCGACAAGCAAAGAAAUCAAGAAAUCCAAACUGAUUCGGAGCCAGUCUAUUAAUAAUCAAACUUUUCAUGCAAAAUAUGGCAACUUAGACAAGUGUACUAGUAAAAGCUCUGCAGCAGCAUACACGACCUCUGUCUCAGGCUUCGCGAAGACGUCUGUGAUUUCCCUCGCCGACGACUCGUUCCGGACGCGCAACGCCAGUAGCCUGCCGGCGUCCUUUUCUCCCGGGGCGCCCCUCCCGAGCACCUCCCGUGGGGCGGGGAGCUCGGCUGAUCCCAAGAGCAGUGGGAGCAAGGACACGCCGCCACGCAAGGCCACCCUAAAAUCCAGGAAAUCCAAUCCUUAAAUCAUCCGCUUGGUGAAGGAAGCAAAACAAAGACCAGUGGAGACAAUACAAUUGGUGGACAAAAGCUAACGCAGUGGCUGGGGCUUCUUUUUUUCAAACGAAUGGGAAGAGCUACAUUAUGGCAGCUGGUGUUGCUAAAGUUCCAUAUCUGAAAUUAGAUUCCCUAGGAGGUAUAAUAUAUAUUUCUUAAAUACUAACGUGGUUACGGAAUUCCACCGUUAUAGUGAGUGUAAUGAAAAACAACUUUAGUAUCGCUUUAACUACUGCUGCAGAAGAGACAAGUCUGCGUGUAUUCAUGCAGGGAACCAUCUAUUUACUUGACCUAGAGCUUCAGCAUUUAAAAAUUACAUGGAAGCCUGUAUCAGCUGAAACGGCCCUAGCUGGAGAAUUGCUUGGAGGGGGACGUGGGAGUUAGAAAGACAAGACAUUCAUUUCUCAAGAAUCUCCAAGCGCAGUUGAAAAGUCCCACCGAAAAGGGCACCAAUAGCUAGCUGUCCGCAAUUUUGUCAGUCCGAUAGUGGUGACAGUGUGCCGUAGGGUAUUCUGAAGUUUAAAUUUGGCAAUGAAAAUUCCACAAAGUUUUCUGAUACCUUUUAGCCACAAGUACCUUCAAAAUAAUAGAUUGAUGAUUUCCUUUAUUUCCUAGAAAGAUUUAUUUUAUACAUACUUUGUUUACAUUUUAGAUUGUAUUUGUCCUUACUUAAUUAAAAAUGAUGAAUCUAGUUUAAAUCAGUUGUUAUUCCAAGCUAUCAUGCUUAAGCUAUGUCAACAGCAUUUAUUUGUACUAAUGCUAAUAUUUCCAUCGAAAUUUGCCUGUGGAAUAUAUAUGAUUAUUAAUUUUAAAAUGUCAGUUCUUGAGAUAUACUGUAUGAAGCUAUUGUCAGCUUCUCUAUUUCAAAAUGCAAUCAGCAUAUAACUAUAUUGAUAUUAGGAAAUAUUUGUUUUUUUUAAUAUAUUGAUGUAUGAUAAAGAUGAUCUAAUUUGUGAAUGCAUAUGCGUGUGUGGUUACUUUUUAUAAUGUAAAAUAAUGAAUAGUGAAUUUACUCAAAAUAAAACAUAGGUUAACGAGA